GAUGAAAGACACCCUUUAAGGAGAAUGCGCAAUGUUUCAGUGGGUUUUCGUUAAGCAUUGAAGUAGGUAUUAUUCAAAAUGUGUUGGUAUUUAUUUAUUUUUUAUGUUUUUUCUUAUUUUUUAUACAUUUUUAUUGUAUUUGGAAUAAAGUUGGACGUUUUACACAUACUUUCCUGGAGUGCUGGAUUUCCUUUCUUCCUUUUAGGAGUUUUACACUUGGUCUUCCCAUAUCCUGCAGGACGGCUGCUGUUACCCCGUGCACUUGGGAGGUUCAUUCAAGGAGAUGCUGAUAUAGAGCGAAAAUAAAUCUAUGACGUGCCACUUCGAGGGGCUACAUAAACAGAAGCUCCCUGCACCCGGUGGUGCCAUUUGCUAGUAGAGAAGGGCUGCCAGUAACCCCUCCCAUGUAUUAUAUAUAGAGAUUCCUAAGGAGCCACCAGAGCUUAAUACAACUCCUCCUUUCUUGCUGCGGGGAGGGAACUACAUGAACAGCUGUGAAGACAUUAGGAGAAUUAAAUGCACAGGCACGGGCUUUGAGAACCAUCAGGCUUCCUUAUGAGCUAUAAUACGGACAAAGUGCCAUUAUCGAAAAAGGGAAUUAGGAACCGGGCUUCGAAGACGACAGCUAUCGAUUUGCAGCCAUUCUACCCAGCACCAGGUAACCAGUGACAGGCUGCGGCGUUAGACAAAGCAUGGCUUUUACCAUGCUGCGACCCAUGCCUGCCCAUGUGAUUUAUCCGGAUGUUAGUAUGAUGUCUGAGGACGAGGAGAACAGGAGCGGGAGCGACACUUCGGAUCAAUCCUACGGCUGCUACGAAACUUCGGCAAAGAGGAGGAAGGUUCCCAGGAAGACCGGACAGGUGGUGGUGGUGAAGCAGAGGCAGGCGGCCAACGCCAGGGAAAGAGACAGGACACAAAGUGUUAACACAGCCUUUACUGCCCUGCGCACGCUGAUACCCACUGAGCCGGUGGAUAGAAAACUCUCCAAAAUAGAGACUCUGCGCUUAGCCUCCAGUUAUAUCUCCCACCUGGCCAACGUGCUUCUACUAGGGGAAGGCUGCGAGGAUGGACAGCCGUGCUUCAGUACCGUCUACAGGACCAGGGAUGAAACGGAGGGCAAGCUUCCCCGCAGCAUCUGCACCUUCUGCCUCAGCAACCAAAGAAAAGGGGCCACAAGAAGAGAACACACUGGGAACUGCCUAAAAGUGCGAGGACUCAACACGUUACGUAUCCCCCAAAGAUGAUCUGCGCCGUCCCCUGAAUCACAAAGUGGAACUGAGAGAUUAUAGGGCCCGAUCAUUUAAUUUUCUAUGCAAAACAGAAGAUGGUUAAGAGGCCUCCGCAGAUGGCAAGGAAAAGCUUCCAGAAGAUCAGUCGGAGCUGUUCAAAUGUCAAUGGACACAGGAUAUCGUAAAAAGGCAAUAAGCACAAUUCAACACUGUGUACAGUUGGCUCAGGGCGGGGGCGGGGAAACACCAUAACGGUGGUUUGGACAAUAUUCUUUGGGUGGUCAACCCUGAGAUCAGGACUUCAUCCAGUAAAUAUCUGUACAUAUCUGUAAAUAUCUGUACACAUAUGUUCAGCAAAUUUAUAGAUUUUAAUUAAA